AUGGUGCAACAAGCAAAGCCGAGUACCGCGCAAGAGCCGCUUGUUCUCAAACUUCCUCACCCAUAUCUCACGGCAUACACUAUAGCUAACGUGGCUCCGAAAGGCCAGCCCAUAAGCUACCAGGUUCAGCUUUCUUCAGCAAACACUACGGACAAGGAAGUCGCUCCGCCCACAACUCUGCAUAACGAAACUGUUUCAUUCAGCGACGUUAGCACGUUGAGCCAAGAUGCAGUACCAUCAAUGGGUGACAACAGCUCUUGGGCUCGCGCUCGAAGAUCCCCAUACGUGACGGUCUUUUGGAACAAGGAUCGACCAUCCGUCCCGCAACUCUGGCUCAUCGCCUACGCGUUGGUCUCACUACAUCCCCUAGUUGAGAAUUUCCGCGUGUUAUUUUCAGGGGAAGACUCGCAGGCACUAGCCAAUGAGCUGUACGCCACUGGUCUCUUCCAUUCGCAUCCAAGAGCAUCAAAUGCAUCAGCACCUCACGACGGCCACCUCCUCUUCCGAGGAACAUUCUGGCAGGGCGCUGCAUCUCCAUUCGGUGCCCGUCCAGUUUGGGCACCGCACCUUGACGCCUCCGGAAAGCCGAUCCAGAGACAGUAUCCUCCAUUCCCAUUUCAAAAUGCACCAUCGACUCAGUUCCCGGCUCUACCACGGCACACGCAACACCCUGUUCGUGAACCAAAGCCCGAGCCGGGCUCGAUCAUCUAUAGCCGAUGGGUGCCACACUUGAAGGAGCAUUUCACGAUGGUGGCCCUCGAUUACACCAAUGAUGAGCAUCUCCGCCUAUUCAACAAGUGGCAAAAUGACCCACGUGUCGCUGCAGGUUGGAAUGAAACCGGCACAUUGGAUCAACACCGUGAAUAUCUCCGAAAGCUGCAUGAGGACCCCCACGUACUCACGAUGUUCGCUGCUUUUGACGAUAUACUGUUUGCCUACUUUGAAGUCUAUUGGGCGAUGGAGGAUCACAUGGGUGCUCACUACCAGUCGUCGCCCUAUGACCGCGGCAGGCACUCACUUGUCGGCGACGUACGAUUUAGAGGACCUUACCGAGUUUCUGCAUGGUGGUCUGGUCUUAUGCACUACAUGUUCCUUGAUGAGCCACGCACCUGGAACCUGGUUGGUGAGCCAGCAGCAACGAGCAGCACUGUGCUAGCAUAUGAUUUCGCCCACGGUUUCCACGUUGAGAAGAUCAUGGAUCUUCCGCACAAGCGCAGUGCUCUAAUGAUGGUGAAUCGGGAAAAGUUCUUCACACUGAGUCCCUUUACUUGGGAUGGAGAGAAGAAGGUCCGCCCAAGCCUGGAUGCAGGUGCGAAGGCGAAGUUGUAA